CAAGAUUUGUGACUUACUGUGCCCAGUGUUUAAUUCUCUGUUCUUUCCAUAAUUUGGGAAGAGAAAGCAAAAAUUGAUUUUGAUUACCCUCUACUAUAUUCCUGGAUCCUCAUCCCAGUUCAGAACCACUGAAAGAAACCCCAAUGGCCCUAUUGCCAAACCUCCCAGAUGUCCUGAUCAUCCAACCACCACCAGCCUUCAUAUCUUUCGAAUCCGACUUCACCCAGAAGUUCAACAUCCUCCGCGCAUGGGAGUCGCCACUCCCUCUGGACCAGUUCCUCACCACCCACGCCCAAUCAGUCCAUGCCCUCCUCUGCCGCGCCGAGACUCCGAUCAACGCCGACGUCCUCCGGCUGCUACCGGCCCUGAAGAUCGUGGUGUCCGCCAGCACCGGCGCCGACCAAGUGGACAAAGCCGAGUGCCGGCGGCGUGGGAUUGCGGUGACCAACGCAGGAAAUGCGUACGCGGAAGAUGUUGCUGAUAUCGCUGUUGGGUUGUUCAUCGAUGUGUUUCGGAAGAUUUCAGCAGCUGAUUGGUAUGUGAGAAAAGGGCUUUGGAGUAGCAGUGGAGAUUAUCCUCUUGGUUCCAAGAUAGGUGGAAAGCGAGUUGGUGUUGUUGGAUUGGGAAGCAUUGGCUAUGAAGUUGCCAAAAGACUCGAGGCCUUUGGCUGCAAGAUCUCAUACAACUCACGAAGCGAAAGGCUGUCUUUGUCAUACACCUUCUAUUCCAAUGUCAGUGAACUUGCAGCAGACAGUGACGCUCUCGUAAUCUGUUGUGGGUUAACAGACCAGACCCGCCACAUGAUCAACAAGGAAGUCUUAUCUGCAUUGGGAAAAGAUGGAGUGGUAGUUAAUAUAGGGCGUGGGGCAAUUAUUGAUGAGAAAGAAUUGGUCAAGUGUUUGGUGAAUGGAGAGAUUAGAGGUGCUGGUUUGGAUGUGUAUGAGAAUGAGCCUCAUAUACCGAAAGAGCUCGUGGCAAUGGACAACGUUGUUCUGUCUCCACAUAAGGCUGUUUAUACAGUAGAGUCUGUGAAGAAAGGAGGUGAAGUAAUGAUCGCCAAUUUGGAAGCUUUCUUCUCCAAUAAACCUUUGGUCACUCCAGUCAUAUAUGGAUGAAUAAAUAUGAUUUCUUGUUGAGUGAGUCUUACUUCCAUUUAAAUUGAAGAAUACAUUCCUUGCCUUUCCAAAUUUCUGUCAUUGAAUCAAAUGAAGUGAUGAUGCUGAUAGCCAUUCUUCUGUUUAACUUCACUAUUUAAAGUUUUAGAAUUGGCAAGUGUGGAGUCAGUCUUCUGGUAAGCAAAUGAGGUUUGUCACCAUGACUCUUGAAAGGUACUCUAGAUGAAAACUGAAGCUAAUAUAGGGCAACUUUUGCUGCUUUCAUUUCUAUCUUAACAGCAAAAACUGGUACGAACAAUGCUUUCAUUUGGACUUGAAUUUUGUAUCCCAAUGGCUGCUAUUGGUAGUCAUGUAAAAUAUAGGAUUUUCAAUCGUAAACUUAGUGCGAGUAAACAGAAUUUCAUA